CUAUGAGUAGGGAUGCCGCGCAUCAAGAAACGCGAGCAAGGCGUCCUCACUUACGACGACUCUUUCAGAUGAGCGUAAAAUACCACUGUUUAUAAACUAACAGGAUAAAAUAAGUGAGAAGUAAUUUAACGAUAUCACCGAUGGCUAUAAAAGAAAUACAUGCAUGUGCGUUGCGGAGUAACAGUGGAGUGUAUUAAUUUUAGUACUACAAGUAUAGUGAUAAAAGUAAAUAGUGAUUAAGAAGUGGUGUGUCGUAAUGAUUACUGCACACUUCGUUGCUGCUUUCUGUUACGUUUGUGUAUUUCUAUUCUACGACUACACGGAUUAAUAGUUGGAGAUUCUUCAUCGCUACUUUAAUUUCAUGGCAAUGGUUUGCUGAUAAUUUCGGUUGCGAUCCUCGAUAAAGGAUUAAUCUGAAAACCCAAAACUGGCGAUGACUGUGACUUCCGAUGCUCGCGGUAGUUUUUCUUCAACUAAAUUUAACCGCAAACAGUUAUCCCGUGAGGUGAUGCCAUCAAACUUUCUCAGUGCGGGUGAAAUAAUACGCAAAGUACAACACAUAAUAGAGUGAAAAACUGCUAUCGUGCGUCGAUUACAACCGUUUGGAUUACUUUUAAAACUUUGCUAACAAGCCCCAUGGACCAACGCUUCGGGAAUGGUGUUUUUAUGUAAAGGUACAUAAAAAUGAUUCUAAUAAGUGUUAUUUGAUUAGUACGCGUUGGUGUUUUGGCUCCCCCUUCCCUCUUUCCCUUUCCUCCCCCGCCCCUUCAUCCUCAUUCCGACACCCCCUAAAUCCCCCAAACCCGCCGCACACCUCUUCGGAGGCUCGUGGUCGCCGUUUAUAUCCCGUUUAUUUUCCUAAAUCCAACGAUAGUAAACGAAGAGGUCAGGGAAGUUUGCGGUAUUCGCGAGGUGAUCGUGGAUCGUGGGGGUGGAAUAGUGGUGUGAGGUGAAGGAAUUAUUUCGAUGGUUGGAUAAGAACGUUCGUUUUAACGGACGUCCUAAUGUUCCUAUUUAAUGUGAAGUCGACAGACCGCCUAGCGUAGUACAGCACGUCAGUGGCGAUCAAAGCGCAAAGCGGCAGAAAAAUGGCGUCGGAUAACGAAGCCUCCUGCGUGAGUGACCCAAAUUUCGCGGUAAUUUGCUCGUUCCUUGAGUGUUUCGGUAAAUCAUGCGGCGUCGAGUAUCCGGAUAUCGCGUUACUUCAAGAGAUGGUUGAAAACGCGCAAGAAGUGCCGCAGCAGCUGAUAGAUCUUCACGUCAAGCUAUUAAGGAAAACUCGUAAGACUGUAUCUGUGGAAAAAUGGGAACGGGCUUUAGUGAAAUUCUGCCACACAUAUUCUAACCAGGAUGGAUGGGAACUAGAGCGUUUUGGUUACAAGAAAGCUCGAAUUGCAGUCAAAUUACGCCUCUUGAAGGUUCUUCUGGAAGCGCAGUUUGAUCUGAACCAGAGGUUCAAAAAUGAAGUUAACAAGCUUGCUGCUAGUGAGUUACGAGUAGAACCACUGGGACGAGAUAAAUGUGGAUUAGCUUACUGGUGCCAGCUGGAUGAAGAUUGUAACAUAAGAGUUUAUCGUGAAGAUUUGGACGAAGAGAGCUGGCAGCUCGUUGCCAAGGACCGUGAGGGCGUAGUGAAUUUAAUAAGUACUUUGUCAAACGGAGAAGCGGGUGAUAUACCGCUCAACGAAGACAGCAAUAGUCUUGAAAUAUCCGAAAAGCCAAUAAUUGAUACUGGUCAAGUGACGAGCUCGCCAAGUCUUGAGGAUGAAAAUAGAGAGAAUACUACAAAUGGGGUGGACAUAGCUUCAGUGAAAGCAAAGGAAAAACACGAUGAAGAUAGUCAGGGUGAAGAGGUUGGCGAUGAGGAUGACGAUGAGGAUGAAGAAGAGGGAGAGGAAGAUGAGCAGGGAGAAGAGGAAGAAGAAGAAGAGGAGGCAGAGGUAGAUGAAGAUGAUGAAGAUGAUGAUGAUGAUGAAGCAGAAGACGAAGAAGGAGACGUUAGCAACGAAGAAAGUUCACAAGAAAUUUCAGAAGAGGACUCUCAAGAUGCGGAAGUUACUCCACCGGUACCUGUGACGAAAAAGAACGUGCAAUUACAAGAUCUUACAAAGCAGCCACAAGAACAAGUCAUAGCUACAACACCGACAUUACAAGCUUCCGAUUCAUUCGAACCUAAAAUACCGAAAAAUGCUGCGACAUCCGAAGCUAAUCAUUCCAACGAACUUCGAGAAAAGAUUCCAUCCAAAUCAGUGGUACCGGAAUCAGCAGUGAAAAGUUUAGAAAUGAAGCCUAUUGAAACAACCGUGAUAAAAACGUCUCCAAUCAAAGUCGUUAGUAUUGCAGAUUUGACAAAACCAGUCGAGGAGAAAAAACUGGAUGUUAAAGUUCCGUUUGGAAUAACAGUGAUACCUGUGACAAAACCAAUUCCACGUGAAGAUUUCAACGAAGCGAAUAAACCUCGUGAAAAUUUGCCCAGCAAAAGUAACAUCUUCUUUCCAUCAGGAGAACAAAAACAAACCCAGAAUAAAGUUUCGUUGACACCGAUCGACAAGCUAGCUGCGAACCGAAUCAAGUUACAUUCAGAAAAACCUAGUGGGACAAAAUCCCUGGAGAGAAUAGCCGAAAAUCUAGCCAGGUCUAGCGGCAUUCAUGGAAUUGUUACUAGCCCUGAAGAAGACCGGCAAAUAAAAGAUUAUUUUCCUAGAGCCCAGAAUGAAAAAUCUGCUGUGUCUAGAAGCCAGAGAGGAAUGGACUUAUCCACGUCACCUAGGGGCUGGGAGAGCUUGGGAGAUCGUCAGAGACCUGUAGAUUUUUCUGGGAUCGAUUUAUCCAGUCGCAAAACUGGUAAACUUACAGAUAUACCAUCGCCUGGAUACAGGCCUCAAGAUUUUCAACACAGAGAGAUGGAUCUGAGCACACGGAAAUCCAGUCGGCCAGAUGUAUCUGGUAUACCCUUUGAUGCCCGAACUACAUCUCGUAGUCAUGGAAUGCCAGCUGAUUUAAGCAAGCGACAAACUUUACCGCAGUUACCAUUUACCAAUUACGAUCUACCACCAGCAUAUCGUGGCAGGUUAUCGAGUGCAGAUGAGCACCGGAUGUCUAAUUACAGCCUGCUUUCAGAUCCAAGUAAAUUGAAUAUGACUCGGAUGGGUGCUGGUGGCACGAAACGACCAUUAGAAGAUGAAGAUGUGCCACAAGAUAUAAUAAAGCGAAUUCAUGCCGACGUAAUACCGAUCAGAGGAACCAUUGACAAAAGGUCAAUGCUUGGAAAUAAUUGGAAAGAUGAAGUUGGUGAGGCGAUCGAAGAACCAAUUAUGAUGGUACAGGGUGAAGGUUCAGGAAGCGACUGUGACGCGGUUAAUCCUGAAAUUGGAGAAACCAUUGAGGAACCUGUAUUAUAUUUUUAUGGUGAAGGACAGGGCUGUGAAUGUGAAACAGGAAAUCCAGGGGAUGAAACACCAAAGGAAGAAAAAGAUGGCAAGAGCUGCGACAAUAAACCCACCAGUUCGUCAAGCCUUGAUCAACCAGAUAGCCAAACUUUGAGGGAAGGCAAUGCAAUGAAUAAAGCUUUACUGGAAUCUGAAGCAGAAAAUCUGUCAAGCUCGCAGGCAAUUCAGGAUUAUUCCGAACCUGCCACUAGUACAACUGAAGUUACCCAAACUUCCGAAACAGGUAAAGGUUCUUUGGAGUCUGAUAAAACUAAAUUUAAGCCGACGCUCGGAGUUCAAGUGUUCACCAAGUCUACCGGUAGUCCGGUGAAGAGGUUAUCUAGAUGGGAUGUGGGAAGACCAGCAGAAGUAUCUCAUGUGGAACAAGAUAGCCACAGUCUCCAAACUACGGUAGAUUUUUCGAAAAAACAACUUUUCAAUGAUUCUUUGCAUGAUUGUAAAGGAAGCAAGAAUGUCGAGCAGCCCCUAGCACAGGAGAGUACAAAAGAAUCCAUUGUAGCGUCGGAAUGUCUGCUAACUAACUCAGAUCAUGAGGUUGGAGAUUCAGAGUCAAGCAAACAAACAGAGAGCUGUGAUAUGACUUCAUCUCGUACCUUUGAAUUAGACAAACCCCAAGAAUUGCCACCAGAAUCUACUUCCUUAACGGUUGAGGAGCCAUGCGGGCGUGACUCGUCAACGUCGAUAGGUGCAGCACUCAUCAAAGCCAUCCUUCCUGGUUUGCUUGCUGUGCCGAGUGCAGAUACUUCGACUGAGAGAGACAGUGCGGAUGAUACUUCAACAGUUCGGUCCACCGAUCAAAAAUCUUCCGAUAAUUCAGAACUUCCAGAUAAAGAGGAUGCUAGUGCUUCGCAUGAGUCUCCACCAAGAUUCUUUUUUGGUCCCAAUUGCGUCUCGUAUAAUUUGAAAAAAGAGGAAGCUAAAGAUGAUGUAGGUGGUCCUGCAGAAAAUACCACUGAUUCCAAAAUAACUGAUUCAAAAUCUGAAGCCCUACAAAUGAGUCCUGUAGCUGAUGACUCUCUUACAAUGGAUACGCAGCAGACAGAAAACGAGAACAUUGCGAAGUUGGCAGAUGACCUGGCCAAAACGGUUAAUAUAAAAAAACCAGUUGAUCCUGAUAAAGAUAAUUCUACAGUGCUGCCACCCAAUGAGCAGCAAAUUCCUGAUAGACCGAUUGUUUCUGAAGAAGUAAUUAGCGAGUGUGCUUCUAAAUCUAUAGACUCUAUACCAGUUUGUGGAACGUCUGAAGAUCUAGCUGUUCCUGUGACUAAAAAUGAAUGUCAGGAAAACCCUGUAGAUACAAUCUCUGGAGGUGAUGAAAAUCUUGAGGAAUCGCUUGAUGUUACCGACGCUGAAGUUGUAUCAACCACAAAAACCAUAGAUUCGACACCAGUAACUGAGAAGUUUGAAAAACUAGCAGUUUCUGAAAUUGAAACGAAUGUACCUGAAAGUGAAAUUUUAGGGAGAUCAGUUGAAUUAGAACAUGAUAGUGUUUCUGUACUCGAUAGCGGGCCAGACCAGGAGUCAAGUGAAUGCAUAGCUACCUCAGAAAGUGAAGUAAAGUCCACUGAUGUACCAAAAUUAUCUGAAGCAGAAAGUGUUUCUAAGGAAAUUGAUUCCAAUUCUACUCAAGCUGAAGAUCACAAGACUUCCACUGGUUCUGUAGAAGUCCACCAGAAGCCUGAGGUUCUUGGAACAAGUACCGGUAUCAUUCAGAGUUCUUCAAGUGAACAUGAAAUUCUUGAGGAGUCCUCCGAUUCUUUAAUCGAUGCUCAAGAAUCCAAUGAUGUAGCUGACGCUUUACUUGAGGAUGCAAGAGUUUCUGAUUCUCCGAUCGAAACUGAAUCAGUUGAACAAGCAGCUGCGCAGUUAGAAAUUGAAGAUGCAGAUCAUCAGAAAAAAGAAGAGGAGCACCAAUUAGAUACUGAAGCAGACAGCCUAACUUUAAAAAAAAGUGAAAGUCCUGCUUCUCCAGGAACUGAAGCGGAAAAUCGUACAUGCUCGGACACAGAAAUAUUUGCCGGUGUCAUUGACGCACCAACAAAAGCGGACCAACCGGAUAAACUGGAAGUAGAAGAAUCUAACGCAGAAAAAUUGUUGGAACCUACAAGUGAAGCAGAGUUUUCUGAUAUUCCUGAAUCCCAGGAACUUAAUACAUCCAUCAACGAAGAUGAAUUGUUGAAAUCUAGUUCCGAUUCAGAGUACGACCAGAACAAGAAAAUUCAUGUGGAAGACGAAGAAGUACCAAGUGGCAGUUUAGAGGCAGUCAAACCACUCGUUGAUACAGAUAAAGAAAUACAUCCUAAAGAAAUUAUCGCAGACCGAGAGGGUGAGGACUCACCACAAGAAGAGGAAAUACGAACUGAUGAUAAAACGUCCAAUUUCAAGGGAGAAAUACUUUUUCAAGAAAGUAAGGAGCAGGCUGAAGAAAGUUCUCCAGAACAACCUAUUUCUUCUCUGAAUCUAGCUGCUUCCUCUUCAGCAAAUAACAUAUCAGAAUCAGAAAAUGUUUCCUCAUUUACAAAAACUGCAGAACCUAUUUCUGGUGUCUCGGAGGAAAGCAGAGGAGAACUAUACUCGCUUUUGGAUAAUAGUGUAGGACAUGAGCAAUCACAAGAUGCUGAAUAUGAUGUAGUAAAACAGUCAAAGGAAGAAAUUAGACUAACAGAAGACACUGCAGUCAACGAAAUUUCAAAUUUCGAUCCCAAUAUCAACACCCCCACUGGCACAAUUUUUUCAGAAGGCAAAGAUUUAAAGCCUUCAACAGAGUAUUCCUACAAAACAUCUGCAGUAAAAGAGAGCGAAGACCCUGUAUCGAAAAAAGAAGAGUUUCAUUUCAGCCAAAUAACACCAGCAGCUAUUGUCGAUACAAAUAUAUCAAAGUCCCCAGAAAGAAUCACGAUUCAAAGCAGAAGUGAAUCUAAACCAUCUAACCUGACAGAUAUUGUUGAUGACUAUUGCAAUCCAGCCUCAGAAAAUCCAAGUUCCUCCGCAGAUCAAGAUUCUAAUGAAGCUAUGGUGAUUGACGAUAGGAUGUAUGAUUCCAACGAAUCGUCUAAAGAUGCAACUAACGAAGAAUCGACUCCAAACGAGCAUGUAACAAUGGAUGGAGAGAGACAAGUCGUUGAUUCUGUGGCUACUUCCCCUACCAGAAGUAUCAUUGUAGAUUCGAAGCUACCAGCAGUUACUGAGAGUUCUGAAAAAAGUGAUGCCGACCAAAAGUCUCAUGGAAAAAUCGGUAAAUCUUCUUUCAAUAUACAGGAUAUAUGUGACAAUCUUGAACAGGAGCCUGCCACAUCUUUGGCAGUUGAUAUUACAGAUACAGAUUCAUUUAAGGCUGAAAAAAAUGAAGAUAAAUGUCAGGAUAUAACUCGCGCCAAAAUAGAUUCAGUGGAGCUUGAUAACGAGGAUAAAUCAGCAUUGAUAAAAGAUGAUUCACCCAAAGCACUAGAGUCUGAAAUCGAGCCUGUCGAUACAUCUACAGUAGAAUCCAAAGAUGUUGAAACCGAGGAUACCGUUGAAAAUUUGACGCAGGAUACAAGUGCUGAAGAUAAUAAAUCACUGGUGGCUAAUUAUGAUAGCAGCGAUUGUGAAAGCGAUGAUGUUUUUGAAAAUGACAUUAUUGAUGUUAAAUCUAAUUCACAAGAGUCGAAUGACGAGGGUAUUAGCACAUUAUUAUUGGAAAAAGAAGAACAAGAUCCUUUUCUGGAAGUGGACAAAAGUGGGGUCAAAGUGGAAGCAAAUACUGAAAUUUCAGCAGGAUUGAACGCCGGUUUUCUGAAUUACAAUCUUGAAAAGAUGUCGGAAUUAAAAAUGCAAGUUAGCGAUACAAAAAUAAGAGAAGAAAUAGUUGGAGGUGAUUCGUCAAGGUUAAACAUGUCUAAUGAAAACGUCGACUCCACAGCUUCUGAUGUACGAAACGAAACAAUAGAGAACAUUGCGAAAUUAGCUGCAUCUGGAUCUGAGGAAACCAACAAACCAAAGAACUCGACUUUGCAGAUAAUUGAAGACAUGGAAGAAGCCAAAGAAAACAUCGCAAUCGCAGGUGAAUCAUUUGAUGUAAAACCGACUGCUACAGAUGCGGAAUUAACAUCUAAGAUCGACGCAACAGACGAGUAUAAGAGAACAGAUUCAGAAAUCGGAUCUUUGGAAAAUGUUCACGAGACAUAUAGGAAACAGACUGAAGAAGACCAUGCUUUACAUUCAAAAAUGGAAGAAACACGUAAUGAAAAGUAUAUACAAGAAGAUCCUGUUGAACUUACACUAAAAGAUGCAAAGGAAACAAGUCGAAUAGAACAUAACGAAAGUUUUAGUACCAGUACAAUAUCAAAUCUACACGAAAGGGAAGACUGUCUUGAAAAUCAGCUAUCAGAGAAAGAAUUGAAUGCAGUAGUGAAUGCACAUGAGACGGGCAUCGUACCAUUGCCGUUAACAAUUGCUGCGAAACAUUCUUUAGAACCAGAUAUGAAAAAUGCUAAGAACAUCAGCAAAACUAAAGAUGAGCUUUUUGAGGAAGAACUUCCGAUUGUUCACCAUCCAAAAAGAUUCAAAGAAGACUCUGGUGUCUCUUUAUUAGCAGAUGACAAGAUAGAUUUAAAAUCAAUACCUCGGUUUGGAAAAGAUUUGGAUGUAAAAGACGCCGGUGACAUCACUGCUAGAACGGAUCUGAUGAAUCAUAGCAUCGAUUACGCUCUACCUGUGAGUUUAACAGAUUCUAAGGAAUCUGAUGUCCUAAAAAACUGUUCUCGAAGUGCAAAUCUAACUACAGUUCUGGAUAAGACCGGCGAUACUGUUCAAGACAAUUUAAAGAUCAGUGAAAGUUCCCCUCUUGGCGAAGAGAAGGUUCUCUUACCAAAAGAUGAAACAUUGCAUACAGUCCCAUUGUUUGCAGCGGAUAAAAUUGAAACAGGUAAAGCCGAAUCCUAUGUUACUAAUGUUCUAUCUACUACAGAUACCACGGUAACCGAUAAUACCUCGGAAGUCGUAAUGGAUGAGUCUGAAAUACUUGUGAAUAAAAAAUUAGAAGCUAUUUCAGCUCCCGAUAAGGACAUCUUGUUAUUAGAGCCCAAACCAUUCAGUCACGAGCUGAUCACGAAUCUGAAUGCUACUGUAAAAGAAUCUGUCGACGAUGUGCAAAAAUUAAUCGCCGUUCCACAGAAUAGUUUAACAGAAAUUAUCACCACCCGUUUGGAAGAAAUUAAGAAACCGGAAGUGGAUAUUUUGAACAGCGAAUGCGGGGAGAAAAUGCAAGUAGUAGAUACCCUGUUGACGAAAAAAAGUGAUGAUACCAAAGGCGAAGAUAUUUCGAUGAUUCAAAGCAUCGAUCUCAAAGUCGACGAAAUAGAAUCUGAUGAUUCAAUGGGGGCUGAUAACGAUGACGUAUUUGGUAAUCCUACUGAAUUGGAUCCUUUGGCAGACAUUGAAGGAGAAUUGCCCGCGAAAACUGUAGUAGCGGGUGAUUCCGUUGCUGCAUUAGGUAUUCGAGUUAAGCCGGUCUCUGAGUUGGUCUACGAAGGAUGGAAAUUGGACGGGACAGAAACGCCAAAGGUCUCUCGGAAAAGACGCAACAGUAACCACGAAUCAAACUCUGAGGACGUGGUAAUGAAAGAUGAUGAUGACGAGAGCGAAGGGACUGGCGGUAAAAGAAUGAGAUUGCGAGGAAAACGUAUUCCAGAUAUGAACUUGCGUAGAACAGUUGAAGAAAAACGGCACGAAGCUGCAAGUUCUGAUGAGGAGACUGUUAAAAAACCUACCGAUGUCGUCGUAGAGGAAUCCAAGGAAAGUGACAAUCUGGUAGUGCUAGGCAAUGUUGUAAAUGAUAAAAAAACCCGUGGCAGACCGAAAGGAAAAAGGAAGGUUAGAAGGACGAUUCGGCUUCCUGGGCAAGGGGCAGUUCCUGCGGCAGACCCCAACCAGUCGUUAGCUCUGGAUUCAUCGUUAGCCACUGACCCAUCUGCAGGAGUUCUGACUAGUCCAGCGGUCAGUGGUGACACGCCACAGAAGAAAAGAAAAAAGAGGAAUAUGGUUCUGGGCUUGGAAAUUGGAAGAGACAUCGUCGAUACCUCGCAGUCUGGAAUUUUGCUGAAUGAAACUCCUGUCCGGCAAUCCAGGCGGAUUGCACAAAUCAAGAUUAAGGAAGAAGCUGAUAGAAGACGGAUGGAAGAAGAAACCUUGUGCGAACUCAAAGAGAAGAAGGAUCGUGAUGUUCCAAUCGACAAAAGGAAAAGGAAGAAGCAGAAGGCUGAAAGUGAGGAAGAGAUAUCAAGCAAAGAAGUUGAAAAGGAAUCUAAGUCUAAGAAAAAGCGUAAGAAGAAAAAAAAGAAAAAGAAAGCUUCCUCGUCUAAAUUUGAUGAGAUGAAUCCUUGGCGUAGUUCGUCUGGUUCCAACAGCGAUGACGAUGACGAUCACGAGGAAGAUGACGACGAAGAGGAAGAAAUGGAAAGCGAAGGGUCUGUGCUUUUCAAAAGUGAUCAUGAAUUUUCACCGGAAAGUGAUCUCGAGAAAGACGAGGAGUCGGAACCUUUGAGGAGAGCAAGAACGGCGCAGAAAGCGCAAAGUGAUGUUGAGGAAGCUGAUGACGAGUACGCAUGCCAGAAAUGUGGUAAAGCUGAUCAUCCCGAGUGGAUUCUACUUUGCGAUACAUGUGAUAAAGGUUGGCACUGUUCUUGUCUAAGACCUGCUCUCAUGCUCAUACCGGAAGGUGAUUGGUUUUGCCCACCAUGUCAGCAUAAUCUGUUGGUGGCGAAACUACAAGAAAAUUUGAAGAAAUAUGAUCAGUACACAAAGAGGCAUGAAAACGAGAUACUGCGGAAGAAAAGGCUAGCAUUUGUGGGCAUAAGUUUGGACAACGUUCUACACAAAAAUGAGUCCCACAGAUCCUCGAGAGCAUCUAGCCAAGAUUCUGAUGACUCCUCGUCUUCAGCGUCAUCCUCAAGUUCUGGUAGCUCUAGUAGCGAAGAAAGCGAACCAGUCUACCAACUUCGAGAAAGGCGAUGUGCAAAUACUUACAAGUUUAACGAAUAUGACGAUAUGAUUAAUGCUGCGAUACAAGACGAGGUUGAUGCCGUCCGUGGUGCUGGAAAUCAAGGCAGGGGGAAGGACAUCGCGACCAUUGUGAAUGCUGAGAAAGAGGAGGCACAAGCAGAGGCUCUGAAGAAGACUCAAGAAAUGGAAGAAGACGAAGAUGAGGAUGGAAAGUUUGAGAAAGACAGUGACGAGGAUUACAAGGCUGAAAAAGAUGAGGAAUUUGAGGAGGAAGAAGAUGACGAUGAUUCACCUAAAAUAUCUAUGAAGAAAAAUCUUUCUCGGAAAAAACACCGUAAGCUCAACAGCUUAGACAUUAGUAGCGAGGACGAUCCUGAGAGUGACGAAGACUUCAAGGGAUCCAGUUCUGAGGAAGAGGAAGAUUUAGAUGAUCCGGGAUCUUCUUCUGACGACAGCACUUUUGCUAGUUCAAGGAGACAAAAAGGUCGAAGAGGAGGAGCUCCGGUUAGGAGAUCAACAAGAGCAAGAAUGACACGAUAUGACGAAGAUUUCAUAAAUGAUGACAGCGACGAUAGCGAUCGUCCUAAAAGAAAGAAGUCUAAAUCAGUCUGGGAUGAAUCGGAGAGCGAAGAGAGCGAUAAUUCUUGGAGGCAAAGGAAGAAGAGAAGUAAAACGGUGCCUACUCCUAAAUCAAGAGCAGCGAAUAAAUCAAGACCCAAAAAGAAAAAGAAAAAGAAGCGUGUUAUAGAAUCCGAUAAUCAAAGUGAGAAUGAAGAAGAACAAAUGGAAUCCACUCUAGAGAGAAACGAGCUCGAAGAAUCGACGUUAGCUCAGGGAGCGUCAGCGGUGGAACCAUCCGAAGGGACAGAUGACGCGAAAUUUACAAUUCAGACUGGAAAUGCCCUUGAAACAGUACAGACGACACAAGAGGAUGAAGAGAAAUUCAAAAUUGAAAAUCCUAUCCUUGCAGUAGCCGAGAAUGAACAAUUAAUCAAAAAGAAAAAGGAAAGUACACCAAAAAGAAAGAAGACCCCACCUAUCAGGCGAAAGAUCGUUUACGGUGGACUUCAAGACAGUUAUUCACAACAGGAAGAAGAAAUACCAGGCCGUCGCACGAGGGGAAAGAAAAUCAAUUAUCAAGAAGUUCUAGCUUCGGACAGCGAAGAGGAGUUGAAAAAAGCUCUGAAAAAAACCGAGGAGAGCGAAGAUGAGUUCGUAGUUCACGAGGUGGAGGAUUUGAAUGAAGAAGUGGAGAAGGAUUCCGACUCUGGUGAUAUAUACUCUCCUAAAAAAGAUACUCCAAAAGGAAAAUCAAUGAAGGGUAAAAAACCGAGACAAAGUAAAAGCCCUGCUUCGAACUCAAAGUUAAGUGGGGAUAACGAAACCCCAAAAGUGCGAAAAAAACCUGGCCCAAAACCUGGCAGCAAAAAUAAACCGAGGCCACAGAAAUUCACUCCACCCUUCAACCAGUCCAAUCCCAGAAGCGGAGGGGAGGAGGGGGACGUGACCGAGGAAGGCUCCCUGGUUGGCAUCGGUGCAGAAGAAUUUGCUGAGCUCGACGAAGAGCAGCUCGAUCAAAUGAUGAUGGAGGAUGAAGAAUACGGCAAACGGCAGCUGGAGUUGGCGGCAAUCGAGAUUGCUAAAAAAAAGAAAGAGGAAAGGGAGGCUAAAAAAUUGGAGAAGGCUCGUCUGAAGGCUCUGGAGAUUUUGGCUGCUGAGCGCCAGAGGGAUCCUAACGCCCCCGAAGGUACCGACGGGGAAGUACCUAAAAAAAAGAAACGUGGUCGGCGGAGUAAAGCUGAAAUACUAGCUGAGCAAAUGAGGAGAGACGGAGCACCAAAUUUAUCCAUCGACUCAUCUCCCAACGUAACAGCUAUACUAUCUCCGAGUAUGAAUCAAACACAAACUCCUACCAUAGCUCCCGUCUUGUAUCCCACCGUGACCACUCCCAAUUUGCCAGCUAAUUUGAAUCCGAAUUUGAAUUCUUUUUUGAGCCCGAACGCCGGUCUUAAUUUAGCGCCGAAUCUAACCCCCACGAUGGUUCCCAAUCUGACGCCAAUCACGACCCCCGAGACACAAAAAAUUCCUGAAAGUCUCGUUCCAGUCGUCGCCGGACCAGAUGUGCAUCCUUUCGGUCCUGAGGGGAUGCUUGUCAAACCGAAGAGGCGGGGACGCGGUAAGGGUAAGAAAACUCUAGCUCUAGAGGCUGCAAGGGCAGCGGAGGCUGCUGCUAAAGGCCUAGACCAUGUCGCAGGAUUUGGAACAGAUUCAAAUCCGGAAAUGAAGUCUGACGAUCCGAACGUUCUACCCACACCUGGCAGCAGCACAUCCGGCUCAGCGCCAUCAACACCGCCCGCUAGCAUUGUCGGUGUGCAAGUAACGCCCUCGACGCAAAGUCAACCGCCGAACGUGCAGCCGGGACAAAGCUAUCCGCCAAUGUCGCCGGCCCAACAGCAACCCCAAUCUUCCGUCAUUACUCGGAUGCUGCAGGCCCAGCCGGUCUCGGGUGGUCCGCAGUCGUUCGCGGCGGCCGCGGCGGCGAUGGGCCACAAGUAUUUCGGCGCGCCCAACGCGGGGGGCAACAUCAUGGGGGUUCCGAGGCCCGGCUUCGACCUGCAGCCCCGCGGGAGGAUUCCGUCGCCGUACAGGCAGCCGGGACAGCCCGCGAUGGCGCCUCACUUCGCCGCCGUGCGAUCCGGCACGCCACCGAUGAGGAUGCGAGUCCCCGGAUCCCAAAUGUACCACACGGCUCACCAUCCCAUGGACCCCUCACCCUCUGGAGGCGGUCCGAUCUCCAUAAGCAGCGCGAGGGAUCGCAGCUCGCCGCUCGGGCCCGGUCCGGGCCCCGCCAUGAUACCUCCUUCCGCCGGAAGCCCCUUGACCAAAGGCGGGCCCACACCCCCGCCUCCCCCGUACGCGAGGGGCGUACCUCCCAUGGGACGUUUCCCGGACAGUUCGCCGAUGGUCGGACCCAGGCACCAGAUACCGCCGUUCGCGAAUGCCUCCGGAACGAAUCAUAGCAUGCAGCAACCCUCGCCACCGCCCAAUAGAGCUCCAGGUAACUUUUCACCUUAUCAUCCCCCGCCCCCCCCGAAUUAUCAUUACGGUGCUUACCCUCCCCCUCCCCCCAUGACGACUGCCGACGACGCAGCUGCUUAUCAGGGUUCUCCGUAUCCCACGGAACAUUUUUCCACCCCCGCCGAAAAUCCGGCCCCCAUACAGCCCGCGCCUCCCCCUCAGCCCCAGGCACCGCCGCAUCCUCACCCCCAUCCUCACCCCCACCCCCACCCGCACCCCCACCCCCAUCCUCACCCACAUCCAGGUGAACCCGGUGCCGGAGGGAACAAACAGUUCGACGAAGAAGGGACCGGGGAGUUUGGUGGCCUGGUGUCCUACUUCAGUAGCCAGAGAGAAGACGACCUUGACUCGUAGCACGAGUAAAUCCUUGGCGAACCCUGAGCAGAGGUAUUGACUAGUGAGAGUUUUAGAUUCUCUACCCUGAAAUAAAAGAGAAAACGACUCCCGCAAAGAGUAUAAAAAAAAUAAAUUAUCAUUUGUUGGCGUGGCGAUGAAAGGUUGACUUUAGAUGAUUUUGUAAAAAUAACAGUUUACGGUGGAUGUUAUUGCGAUACCGCAUUCCCAGACAAAUGGUAUUUCAGAGUAGCUUGAAUAUUGAUGUGAACCGGACGGAGAAAGAAAGGCAGUAGGAGAGGGUGGCCAAGGAGACAUUAUACUCGAAAUGGUGCUGGUAAAAAAAUGGAGAAAAUUUAAUCGGGCUUAGACUCGUGGUGAAUAAAAUUGAACUUGAAACGGGAUGCAGUGCAGAUUUAAAUCGACGCCCCGAUCUAGCAGCUCAUUUACCGGGAAGCAGAUCUGACGUGAGUUUUUAAUAAUUAUCAACUGUUGACAGAGUCAAGAAUUUACAUAUGUAGUAGUUUACUUCCCGUCACCCGUCUUGUCCUAGAGGAGAAUAAUAUCUUUUACACCUAAUUAAUGAAAUGAAAGAAACAAAACACAAAGUUUAUUCAAGUAAUAAGAGUGAAAAUGAACUUUAUUGUCUCGAUGAGACGAAUUAUUGACAAAUAUGACUGGCUGUAGACGCCAGUUAUUUAUCCGGUAUGUAUAUAUGUAAAUACGGCGAGUCUUUAGAUUAUAUUAUAUAUGUACUAUACAUUAAAUAGUCAGGCAGAAUAAAAACCUACCAUAAAAGUAAACGAGUGCAAAGGGCACAAAUGUAAUAUUUAAACGAAGAGAAAUUUUUUUUUUUUUUUUGAGAAGAAAAAGAAACGAUAUCUGAUUAUAUUGAAUUAACAAAUGGUGUGAAGACUACUACUUUAAUUAUUUAUAAACGAAAGAUAAAUAAUAAUAAUAUUAUUACUACUACUACUACUAAUACUAAUAAUAAUAAUAAUAAUAAUAAUAAUAAUAAUAUUGAUAUAAAAUUGAAAACAAAAAAAAAUAAGAAUAUAUGAUAGGCAGUAUAUUGCAUUUUACAAAUUUUACUUUAUAACUAUAUAUGAGAGGAUAACCAAACGAAGAAAAGAGGGGGAAAAAAAGAAAAGAAAAAAAUUAACAAAACAUAUUAACUAUAAUAAUUAUACAUAAUACAUAACAUAUUAUGUGUCACUAGUGACAUUGCGCAGCAGAAAUCAUAUAUCUGUUUAGUUAUCACAAGUACACACAUACCUAGUAAUAAUAGAAGUUACAUGAAUAAAUGAAAGAUAUUACAUUAUUAUAGAGUUAGCUGCUUGGGAUAGUUUUUCUUUACUGAUGAACGUUAAACGAUCAUAUUUGGGCGGUCUCAUACGAUAAUAAUCAUUGGCCGAACGUCGUUAAUUUUAUUAUUUUUACACACAUCGGACGUACCUUCAUCAUCGUAGUUUAACGUACAAUCUGUUUUUUCUUCUUGCGAUUUAAUCUUCGAUUCGUUAAGAAGCUGUUGAUCGACGAAUUACAUUUCAAGAAUACUGUGGAUUCUUUAUGUUUCUCUUAUUUUCAUUCGAUUAUUUUACAUAAUUAGGUCAACAUUUCGAUAGAAUUGCGUAACAAAUUGAAUUGUAGACCAAGCAGCAUCCCGUUAAUCAACUACGAUUUGAGCAUAGACUCGGGUUCAUUGAUCGGAUGCUUCAACAAUAAUAAUUGCCAUUCAAUGUUACACUCUUCUCUUUAAUGCAUUUAAGAAAAAAGAAAAAAAAAGAAAAUAAUGUCUUCUUGAUUUGUAAUUCACAUUAAUAGUUGAAAUUUUCUGAGAUGAUUUUGUUUUGGUAUGGGUCUAAACCAAACAUCAUUAUACUACAUGUGUAGACUAAAUACAAAAGAAUUUUGUAAUAAAACUCAAUAUAUUGAAAUAAAGUAUAUUAUGUUCA